AUGGACUCCAGAAUUGCUGUCCUGCUGCAAAAUCUCUUGGUGCUGUCCCGUGAACUGCGCGGAUACCUCCUGAUCAGAGCCUUCCUCUGUCUAAGAGGACCUAGCCAACAACAUCAGCAAGUGAAGAUUGGGACGAGCAAUCAGCUUCUUGACCUCCCGCGGAACUGCCAACUGCUGGGUCUGUUCAGUCUUGCCAAUGAAGAAGAUGCACAGGCAAAAGGAUUCAUUGUGUCAGGUGGGGGGGAGGGCAAGCAUCAGCUUGGUGCACACUUGCGGGGCAGCCGCCAAUGCUCAACCACAAGAGCAACAACAGAGCGGACAACACUUGGUAGGCAGUGCCAUGCAUGCAGGAAUACCGCAAGGAAUCAGGGUCAAAAUAUUACAGCACACUCAGCUGGAAUGAGGACAUAUGAGGCAGAGUGUAAGCACGAGUGUGGUCAAGAUCAGGGCACAGAGGAGCAUAGGCCAAACAAACUGGAGGACUGUCAACGGCGAGUCAUACACAGAUGGGCAUGUGAGGAUGCAGCAAGCGCCGUGUCCGGUUCCAAGAAGAAGGACGUGGCAAAUGGAAGGUGGAGUGUGGCACAGCUGGCAACUUCGAGGAAGCAGGCUGCCGAAAAAGAAUGGAGUGAGAGCAGGAAGUGGAGGAACAAGGUUGAAGGGUUAGUGGAGGCUCAGGAAGAUGCAGAUGAUUGCUCAAGAGCCCAAACCACAGUCCACAGAGCCCUCCCACCCCCUACCAAAUUCUCUUGCAUCGACUCCACCUCGAGUCCUAGUGUUCCUGUUGUGGCUUGUGCGGCAUCCCCAAGCCAUCCUCCUCUCGCAGACCUGAGCUCUCACAACCAGACCAAAUCACUUCGGAGUGUAGACUACCUGCAGCAAGCACAUAUCAGAUAUGAUAGGCCCUUCAUUGUGUAUUUUGAUGCCACCACUGGUUUCUUGCAUGGCGAGGAGAAGGGGAAGACAACAAGAGCAGCAAAAUUGUUCGUCAAGACCUAUCAAAAAGUAGAACAUCCUGUAUUGCUCAAGUCCUUACAACACUCUACAAAGCAGGCACACGGAAAACAGACAUCCCAUCACAAUCAAGCAGGAUAUUCACCUCUUCAGGCCGUGCACCGACUCCAAGGCACUAGGUGUUAUGGACCAGGACAAGCUGGUGGAUGGGUGGACUCUCGCCACAGUGGUCAUUGGCAAUAUGAAAAGGACCUUGCAAGAGCAAAUGCCAAGAGCAACAAAGCCAGGCAGCUGUGGAAGUUGGGGCAGCUGCAGGACAAGAGCGAGGCCGCACUCUUGCCCAUUGAAAAAGUGUACAGCAAACACAGGGAGUCAGCUCAGAAUCUCGAGAAGCACCUGGACAACAUGUUCAAUAACCUAACAAAGUAUCCACUGAAUGCAUGCUGGAACAAGUACGCAGAAAUGAGCAGCGACCUUGAUGUGCUCAAGGAGCAAGUGAAGGAUCUGGGGGAUGGUUUGGCGGUUGUGGGUGAGCACAAAUAUCAAUUUGAGACACCACUUACUCACAGGAUGUUGCUAGAGGAGCAAAUACAGGACAUGCGCAGACCGUCCACUGAGCCUGUGGCCAGUAACCAGUGUGGGGGAGAGCAGGGAAUGAGCCCACCUUCUUGA